UUUUGUGUUUUUUAGCCGCAACUUGACGUUGUGGCUUAGCUACUUUAGCAGUUGACUUUUGCGACAUAUUCAUGAAAAUUUUAAGUUUUUGUUAUGGCUAAUGAACAACGCCCCCAGUGGUCGGAUAUUCUGAAGAGGAGAAUAGCAAACGUCCAAAAAGACGAAAAAAGUGACGAGGAAAAGAAAGCUGAAGAAACGGAGCUGUUUACCAAAUAUUACACAGAGUGGAGAGGAGAAGGCAGUAACGACAGCUCCUACAGGACCGUUCCACGAUUCUACUACAGGCUUCCAGCUGAGGAUGAAGUACUACUUCAGAAACUCAGAGAGGAAUCCAGAGCUGUGUUCCUCCAGAGGAAGAGCAGAGAACUGCUAGAUAACGAAGAACUGCAGAAUCUCUGGUUUCUGCUUGAUAAGCAUCAGGUCCCUCCAGUAAGUGGAGAGGAGGCCAUGAUCAACUACGAAGCCUACCUGCAGGUGGGGGAGCAGGCAGGGCCCAAGUGCAGGAAAUUCUUUACAGCCAGAGUGUAUGCAAAGCUGCUGCACAAUGACCCGUAUGGCCGGAUCUCCAUCAUGCAGUUCUUUAACUACGUCAUGAGAAAAGUGUGGCUACAUCAGACCCGAAUAGGCCUGAGUCUGUAUGAUGUGGCAGGACAGGGCUACCUCAGAGAGUCGGAUCUGGAGAACUACAUCCUGGAGCUGAUCCCCACUCUGCCACAACUAGAUGGACUGGAGAAGUCCUUUUACUCUUUCUACGUCUGCACUGCUGUCCGGAAGUUCUUUUUCUUCCUCGACCCGCUACGAACUGGAAAGAUAAAAAUCCAAGAUAUCCUGGCCUGCAGUUUUCUGGAUGACUUAUUGGAGUUAAGAGAUGAGGAGUUGUCUAAAGAAAGCCAGGAGUCAAACUGGUUCUCAGCCCCAUCAGCUCUCAGAGUCUACGGCCAGUACCUCAACCUGGACAAAGACCACAAUGGGAUGUUAAGCAAAGAGGAGCUGUCACGUUACGGCACAGCCACUCUUACCUCAGUCUUCCUGGACAGAGUGUUUCAGGAGUGUCUCACCUACGAUGGAGAAAUGGACUAUAAAACCUAUCUGGACUUUGUGUUGGCCCUGGAAAACAGGAAGGAGCCAGCAGCCUUACAGUAUAUUUUUAAACUUUUGGACAUGGAGAAUCAAGGAUACCUCAACGUCUUCUCUCUCAACUACUUCUUCAGGGCCAUACAGGACCAGAUGAAGCUGCAUGGUCAGGAGCCUGUCUUCUUUCAGGAUGUCAAGGAUGAAAUCUUUGAUAUGGUGAAGCCUAAAGACCCCUACAAGAUCACAUUCCAGGAUUUGGUGAACAGUUGCCAGGGCGACACGGUUGUCAGCAUCCUGAUUGACCUCAAUGGUUUCUGGACCUAUGAGAAUAGAGAGGUGCUGGUCGCCAGUGACAAUGACAUCAGCAACACAGCUGACCUCGAAGACACAUGAAGAUCUGAGGCUGAGAUGUAAAAAAAAAAAAAAAUAGUUUUUUUGUUUACAACAGCUUGAUCAGCUGGAGCGAUACCUAUCUUUUUGACCUCUGGAAACGAGAUGAAAGGACUUGAAACAUGGUUGAGCUGGAUGGAAGAAAUAAGUCGGGUACUUUUGGUCUUUAAAUAUUGUUUAGUCAUUUUCCUAUAAAAACUACUUUUACACUAACAACUUUUCUGAUAUCAGUUCUUAUAAAAUUGUCUAUUAAAAAUAAAAAAGAACUCAGAAGUAAACCAUGAAUUGCAUUUAACUAAACAGUUUUAUUUUUCUUUAGAUUGAGGGUAAACAGAAACCAUUCAAUUAAAAACUACAGGUGGUAA